AUGACAUUAAUAAAUGCUUUAACAAAAUUAGGAAGUGCACCUUCUCAAGGGUUGCAAGAAAAUUCGCUAUUGGUAUCAUCAACAACUUUAGAAGGCAAUACGUUUGGAAAUAAUGAAGUAUCACUUUGGCCAUUUCAUAGAAAGAAACCUGUUGUUGUUGUAAUAAAUAACAAAGGUGAAAAAUCAAAUUAA